AUGAUACUUCUUUUCCCGUUGUUGUGGGCUUUGGUCCUGCCGGUGUUGGGUGGAUACGUUCCACCCGGGCCACGAUUCCGAUGUCCCAGGGAGAUCAAGUACAUCUACCCGUGCGUGUGCCUUCGAGGCAGCGACAGGGGUCUGUACGUUCAGUGCGAGAACACCAAUCUGGCCAGCUUGAGUUUGGCCUUCUCGAACCUAGGCAACGAGGGACUGCCCAUCGAGGAACUCGUUUUGUACAAAUGUAACAUAGGACGUUUCUAUGGGCCGGCGCUUUAUCCGUUGGACGUACGAGUGUUGAGGUUCGUCGACACACCGUUGCGACUGAUCGAGGAGCACAGCUUCCUCGGCGUGAACAGAACGCUCCAGGAGCUGUACGUGGUGAACAGCACGCUGGAGAAAUUCCCGCGGGAGGCGUUGCAGAUACUGGGAAAUCUGAGCAUUCUCAGCAUCGCCGGCCAUCGAAUGUCCACGUUGCCGGCGGACGGAUUCGCGGAGAGUGCCGCGGCCGCGAAAAUUGAGAAACUGGAGAUUAGUAACGGGACACUUACCUCCCUGCCCGUGGAGGCGUUGGCGCCACUGAAAAAGCUAAAGCGGCUGGAUCUCCACGGGAACGAGAUCAAAGAGUUAAAACGGAAUCAGUUCAAAGGGUUACGGGACACCGAGUACUUGGAUCUGUCCCACAAUUUGAUCAACAAACUGGACGGCUCGCAUCUGGCCGAUCUGACAAAAAUGGGCUGGUGUAAUAUGUCUCAUAACGCGAUCUCUGACUUGAAGAGAGGCACCUUCGCGAGGAACUCUCUGCUAAAAGUGCUCAAUUUGAGCCACAAUAAAAUCAGGAAGCUUGAUUCGAACACCUUCCGUGGUAUGCGGUUCUUGGUUAGACUGUUUUUGAGCGACAAUCAGAUCAACGACGUGGGUAGGGGGACUUUUGGUCCAGUCACGAGGAUAGGAACCAUCGACUUGGCCAGGAAUUUUAUCAAAAAGAUCGACUUCCAGAUGUUCAAUCAGCUUCAGUUCGCUGAGGUGCUGGAUGUCUCGGAGAAUUUUGUGACUGUCGUGGAAAAGUUGUCUUUCAAGGAUCUCUAUCUGGCGAAGAUCAAUCUUUCGCGCAACGAGAUCUCGAAAAUAGAACCGGGAGCGUUCGAGAACUGCGUGAACAUGACGCUCCUAGAUCUGAGUCAUAACAAAUUGGAGAAUAUAUCGAAGUUCUCGUUCGACAGCGCGACUUACGCAACCGAACUACAAUUGAGUUACAACCAAUUUACCUCUCUGAAUCAGGUGCCGCUACAUAACAUGACUGGUCUGAAAGUUCUGAAUGUUUCUCACAAUUCGUUACAUUCGGUGCCUCGUCAGACGUUCCCAAAGUUGUACGAACUCCACACGAUCGAUUUAUCGCACAACAAUUUGUCAGAGAUACACAACGCCAUCUUUCAAACAUUGUUCAGCCUUCGGUUUCUAAACCUAUCGUACAACUCUCUAGAGAAGAUCAAACCAUCGACGUUUGGACCACUGCCAACGCUUCUCGAUCUGGAUAUGAGCUACAAUCAAUUAAACGAUGUGGCUCGUGGUAGCUUAACCAGACUACCAAGUUGCAGGAGCCUGACAGUCAAGAACAAUCGUUUAACAAAGAUCUUCCAGUUGCCAAUCUCUUUGGCCUCUCUAGACUUUUCCGAAAACAUGCUGGAGGAGGUACCCACGACUGACGUGUGGCCUGCGAUGAACGCUUUGCUUUCGCUGGAUCUUUCCAAGAACCGAUUGGGCGACAGUCUGAAACACGGCAGCUUCGAGAAUCUGUUGACUCUGAGGAUAUUGAAUCUGCAAUCGAAUAACAUCACGAGGCCUCCGUGGGAGGCGCUCAGUACUCUCAGUAGCUUGCAAUAUCUUCAUCUAGAGGAUAACCAGCUAACCGAGCUCGGAAAAUCAGCAUUCGGACGCCUGCCGAUAGUGUUCGAGCUGAAUCUUGCCAAGAAUCAGAUUCGAAGCGUCAACAAUCGAGCCUUCGAAGGGUUGCUGCAAUUGCUCACCUUGAACCUAACGAGCAACAACCUCGAACACAUUCCCAAUGGAGCGUUCCAGGGUCUCGUCUCCCUCAGGACGCUCGAUCUUUCCCACAACAAACUGGAGAGCCUGGACAACAAAACGCACGGCCUGCUGGACGAUUGCCUGUCCCUUGAGAGAGUCAAUCUCAGUCACAACAAGAUCUCGUUCGUCACCAAGAAAACAUUCCCGAACGAUCCAUGGAUUCCUUACAGGUUGAAGGAGAUCGAUCUCUCGUACAACACCAUGCCUGUAUUAACGUUCGAAUUGACCAUCGGUGCGAAGAAGGUCCAAAUCUUGAACAUCAGUCACAAUACCAUUAACGAUGUACGAAGAUACGUGAUCGGGAAUCUGUCGGCACUACAAACGUUGGAUCUCUCUUACAACGAGAUCAACGACCUCUCCGAACCGGACAUCUUCGACCCACCGGUGAAUCUGACUAAUCUGCAUCUGAGUCACAAUCGUCUGAGUCAUAUUCCCUUGAAUAAAAUUCUACCGCUACCAAAUCUGAAGACACUUGACGUGAAAUCCAACAUGAUCGGGGUGUUCGACGAAGUCUUUAUGAAGAUCAUAAAAAACGGGACUAAACUCGAGUAUUCUGGGAAUCCGUUGCACUGCGACUGUUACGCGAGACCUUUGAAGAGGUGGCUGAACACACACACGGAAAUACCAAAGGAAUGGUCGAACGUCAGCUGCCAGAGCCCGAAUUUCCUCGCCACGAAACUGAUAAAGGAGAUCACGGAGGACUUGAUGGGAUGCGGCGAGAGGGAGGUGAAAGAGUAUCCCGAGUUCGACAUCACCCCAGACGUGAAAUAUCGAAAUAUCGAAUACAACGAGGACGACAAGAGCUGGAAGGCGACCUGGUACGUAACGUCGCGAGAGGACAUUGGCGAUUUUUACGUGGUGGUUCGUGAGUCCGGGAACAGCAAAUCGGCCAUCGAGAAGGAUCUGGUCUACAGCGAGCGAUCAUUCAAGAUCCAGGAUCUGCAGGAUUCAGGGUCAAAGUACGAGCUAUGCGUUCUCGCGAGAGACUCCGAGGGGAACGUGAAGCACUUCCGAAGUUCCCAGUGUCAGAUAUUAACCCAAAUAUUCUAG